AUAUGUAACAGAAUCAAAACAGAAUGAUAAGAUGAAGCACAACAAAGUUAACAACAAAGUCACACAAUCCUACACGCUACGCUUUCCAACACCUAUAUAUAUAAACACAAAAAUACAAAACCAAAAAUCAAAACUUAUAAAUCAUUUAAGCUAAAUACACUAAAAAAACACUUCUUCUAAAAUUCCUUUCUGUUUGCUUAAGCAUUUUAUAAAUCAAUAUGUCAUCUUCUCCUAACUCUUCUGCACAAAGCAAAAACAUAGAGGAAGGAUUUGUUGGUGGUGUUGAGGAGAAGAAACCCAUUCCAGUUAAUGAAAAUGUUCUUCAGAAACAUGCUGCUUUUUUUGACUUGAAUCAAGAUGGUGUUAUUUAUCCAUGGGAGACUUAUCAAGCAAUGCGUGAAAUUGGGAGUGGUAGGAUGUUAUCAACUGCAGCUGCUGUUUUCAUCAAUGUGGCCCUCAGUCAGUCUACUCGCCCUGGAAAAUUCCCAUCUCCACUUUUUCCAAUUGAAGUUAAGAAUAUCCAACUUGGCAAACAUGGCAGUGACACUGGAGCUUAUGAUUCUGAAGGAAGGUUUGUUGCAUCAAAAUUUGAAGAAAUUUUUACCAAACAUGCACAUACACAUCCCAAUGCUUUGACAUAUGAUGAGCUAAAGGAGUUGAUUAAGUCAAACAGAGAGCCUAAAGAUUUGAAAGGAAGGAUUGGGAGCUCGGUUGAAUGGAAUGUUCUUUACAAACUUGCCAAAGAUAAGAAUGGUUUACUACAAAAAGAAACAAUUCGAGGUGUUUAUGAUGGAAGCUUAUUUGAAGUGCUGAAAAAGGAACAUACAAAAAGAAUUAGUUCAUCCUAAUUUGGAUGAUAAUAGUAGAUCUAUAUGGACAAUGCAAAAAACAGAAGUUUAUUAUAUAAUAAUAUACAAAUGUUUAAUUUAUAGAAUA